AAUGAACUCAAAUGAAAACAGCAAGUAUAGUGUGGUCAUUUUACCCACAAGAAUUUCCAGAAAAGCACUUUCUCCUAAAGCCAGAUUUCCAGAAAUCAAUGCUCCUUUCCCUUUCACCAGCUGGGUUCUCAUGGUUUUGUUGAAAAUUCAGUAAAAAAACAAAGGAGAUGGGCGUUAAUCUUUUUCUCCUCUCCUUCACCAUUUUCUCCUCAAUCCCAGCAAAUUCCUGAGGCCCUUUUUUUCUUGAGUUGAAUUUCUCAGUCGACUGCUGUUGCGAUCAAGAUGGCAGCAUGGGAGCAGUUUGGGGAGAUCGCAAACGUCGUGCAGUUAACUGGGCUGAACGCAGUUUCAUUGAUAGGGUUAAUAGUAAAAGCAGCGAGCACAGCCAGAAUGCACAAGCAGAACUGCCGGCAAUUCGCGCAGCACGUGAAGAUGAUAGGCAAUUUGCUGGAGCAGCUCAAGAUUUCGGAGAUGAGAAAGUACCCUGAAACGAGGGAGCCACUGGAGCAGCUGGAGGAUGCGCUGAGGAGGGCUUAUCUUCUCGUAAAUAGUUGUCAGGAACGGAGCUAUUUGUAUUUGAUGGCUAUGGGUUGGAACAUUGUUUAUCAGUUUCGGAGGGCUCAAGAAGAGAUUGAUCGGUACUUGAGGAUUAUUCCUCUUAUUGCGCUUAUUGAUAAUGCAAGGGUUAAGGAGAGGAUCGAAGAAAUUCAGAGGGAUCAGCGUGAAUACACGUUGGAUGAUGAUUACAGACAAGUGCAAGCUGCGAUUUCUGAAAAUGACACAGCAAUCUUGAAGAAAAGCAUUUCUUGUUCUUACCCAAAUUUGCCUUUUGACAAGGCGCUAGAAAAGGAACACGAAAAGCUCAAGUUAGAGCUUCAAAAUUCACAAGCUCAUAUGGAUGUGGGUCAAUGUGAAGUAAUCGAACGACUUAUUGAAGUUACUGAAAAUGCAGCAAAUUCUGUUCUUGAAAAUGGUUCACCUAGCAAAAGUCCCGUGAAGUCAAAGACAGACAAGGAACCUUUUUCCGGUGAGAAUAAUGCUAAAAAAUAUGACAGUUCAACAAGCCCAAGAGAAACGACAAUAUCCUCAGGCCAUAAUGUGGCAUCGAUGAAGGAAAUUAUAUGGAAAGAGGAAUGGCAUUCAGAUCUACUCGGGUGUUGUUCUGAACCUUAUUUGUGCAUGAAAACUUUUCUUUGUCCCUGCGAUACAAUUUCAAAGAUCGCAUCAGCCGCGACUGGCAAGGAAAUCUCUUCAGCACAGGCCUGUAACGAUAUAAUGGCCUAUACGUUGAUACUUGCAUGCUGUUGCUACACAUGUUGUAUAAGAAGAAAGCUUCGUAGGAGACUUGACAUCAAGGGUGGCAUGUUUGAUGAUUUCUUGUCACAUGUUAUGUGUUGUUGCUGCGCGCUCGUCCAAGAAUGGAGGGAAGUGGAAAUUCGCGGUUGUCACAAGACAAGAACUAGUCCUCCACCAUCGCAAAGAAUGGAAUCAUGAAGACUCUUCUGGCCAAAACACCCCAACUCUUCUGAAGAUCAUGAUUUACAUCCUCCCAAUGGUCUCGCUCACCCGAAGCUGAUGCUGCUGAUUGUGCAAAUUAUAUCGUACAGUAUUCAGAUACUUAUGUUCAGAUUAAUGUGUUUAAUACGCUGCAACAGGCACCAGUUGUUUGUAAUGAUCUUAACAAUUAUAGAAAUAAUUCAAGAAUUGGAGCAGACUACCCACUCCAUCUCAUUAAA